CUUGAUUAACAAGUAAAUGGAUAAUUUCAAUUUCUAUUAUCUUUUUUUUUUACUCUUCUUUUGAUUUAAUUUUCUAUUGGCCAUUGAUUCAUUGGUCAAUUAUUGCCUCAAGCGAUGACCUAUUAAGCUGCUGGUUAUUAGUAAUUAGUGGUCAGUUUAACGAUAAGUGAAUGGAUUUCAAAGGUUAAGGUUAAUUUUAGAGGAAAGUGUUGAUCGCAACGAAGAAAAAAAAGUUUUUUUUUUCUUUUCUAUUUCUCUCAUGAUUAUCAUCAUUCAUCUUCCAUGAUGAUGGUCAUUCAUUAGAAUAGUAAAGGUCCAGCCUUUUUUUUACUUUCGAAUUUGAAAUAUUCUUUUCUCUUCUCAUUUAGUUUAUUUUCUCACUUGUUUAGGUCAGUGUUUGUUGCAUGUCCACUUGUUGAGGUUAACUGUUGAUCGUAAUUAAUUGUGAUUGUUUGAAAAUUUUUCCUAAUUAACUUUUCGUUUCUGUGAUUUAACUUUGCUACUGGACGGAAACUGGACAUUGAAAUGGUCACUUGUUGAUCAGCCACUUUACAGUUAAAUUGUUUGGAUUCUCAUCUCUCAAAAUUAUUGUGAUUAAUUUGUGAACAAUCAUCUAAUCAUUAUGAGUGAUUUGGAAAAGAAAUUAAAAGAUUCGGUGGCAAUUAAGACGAUUCGUGAUAAAUUUAAGGACAAUUUACCCAAAAAUCGAGAUAAAUUUGAUGAGAAUGAUAUUCAAAAGAUUCUAACCGACGAUUGGUACGUUAAACGCUUCUUAAUUGCUCGCAAUCGCUCAACGAAUGCCGCUUAUAAGAUGAUUUUGGAAUCACUUGAAUGGCGUCGAAAUCAAGGAUUCGCUACUUUACCCUCGAAUUCAUUUCCCCAAGAGUUUUACUUCGUGAACGCGAUGUUUGACUACGAACCCGAUAAAGAGGGAAAUGUAACCCUUCACAUUAGAGUUCGAUAUGUCCUUCGAUGUGGCCCCUUGGUACCUCAUGCGGUUAAAUGGGCUUCAAAGUUUUUCUACGAUCUAGAAAAUCGCUGCUCAUCUUCAUUCUUUACCAUUCUCAUUGAUUUCUCUGGGUGUGGUAUACGAAAUGCUGAGUUCGAUUUCGUCAAACACGCGGUUCAGGUUCUUAAAAAUUACACACCCGCUUGUGUCAAGAGGAUUUUACUGGUCGAUUUGCCGCCGAUCCUAAGGUUGGGAUAUAAUUUCAUCAAGAGUUGGAUCCCUGAAAACGGACGAUCGAUACUCAAAUUCAUUUCUCGAUCUCAACUCAACGAGUAUAUUGAUCAGGCCAAUUUACCUGAUUAUUUGGGGGGAACUUGUUCUAGACCUUAUCAAGGUAAACAAAUGGUUCCACUUGACUGUCCAACGGCCGUUGAAUAUGGACUUGCUUGUGGUAUUCCUCUUGACCAGUGUGUUAAAAUCGCCAAAACUUAUGAACCUUUGGUCAAGGAGAUUGGACUUUACGAUGACCUUUCCAGUGAAACCGAUUUCGCGGCUAAAGUUGCGAAUGAAUUAAAAUCUCGUGCCGAAGGUAAAUUAACUCAAGGUGAGGCACUUAAAGUGGCACAAGCAAUUAGUGGUUAAAUCAACUAUCGACAGAGAAUCAAGAUCCAAAUAUUUUCUUACUUCGAACUACAAUUAAAUUGUAUGAUACAUCAGAAUUACAAUGUAAAUUCAAACAAUAAACUUUAAUUUACUUUAUGAAA